AUGAUUACUAGAGGAAAGAAUGGAAUUUACACUCCAAAGUCCUAUUAUGCUACUAAACAUCCUUUGCAGACUGCUUUUGUAAGUCAUAUUCCCAGGAACAUUGUUGCUGCCAACAAGGAAAAGAUUUGGAGAGUAUCUUCAACUGAUGAAUACAAUGCACUUAUGAAUGCUGGCACUUGGUCAUUGGUUCCACCAGAUGAUUCUCAAAAUUUAAUUGGAUGUAAAAGGGUUUUUAGGAUUAAGUAUCAUCCAGAUGGAAGAAUUGAUAGACACAAGGCUAGAUUGGUGGCAAAGGGAUAUCAUCAACAACAAGGACUUGACUUUGAAGAAACUUUUAGCCCGGUUGCUAAGCCAACAACUAUUUGA